CAAGCGGUGUGAACUAUCUUGUCCCGUUUGUAUACUCUUUGGUUAAAACGACCUAUCACAUUGAGCUGGCGUGUCCAUGAGCAGCCACGGCAAGCGGCGUGGCUCAAACAAAAGUGUGACUUAAUAGUCAAUUUCUGCCAUCUGUUAUCAACCACAGUAACUGUGAGUGUAACGGAGCCAAGAGGAGAUUCACGCGUCUCAAAAUGAAAAGCAUCAGAUCUACGGUCCUCGUCCUACUGUCCUGCUGUUUUCUCUGUGUUUAUUCUCAUGCAAAUCCUCAGCAGCAACUGUAUCAGCAGCAGCAACAUCAGCAACAUCAACAACAUCAACAGCAGCAGCAGGCACCUCCUGUGGUAGAAAGUGCAGCUUCAAUAAGUCAUGGUCACGGUCGCCUUGACAAGAACAUGGUCCAGGACAAAGACCACAUCAUGGAGCAUUUGGAGGGAGUGAUAGACAAACCAGAGACGGACAUGACUCCUCAGGAGCUGCAGCUGCACUACUUCAAAAUGCACGACUACGACGGAAACAACCUGCUGGACGGACUGGAGUUAGCCACGGCCAUCAGUCACGUGCACAGAGAGGAGAGAGGAGAGAACAGUCAGCCCAUGAAGGAGGAGGAUCUCAUCGCGCUCAUCGACGAUGUGCUGAAGGAUGACGACAAAAACAACGACGGGUUCAUAGAUUACGCAGAGUUUGCUAAAUCACUGGAGUGACGUGUCCUAAUGUUUCAUCACGCCCACGACGACUGCACAGACCAACAGGAGGAGCCGUUAGUGGAGGACCAACACACGGAGGAGCAGCUCUCUGACUCACAGGUCAUCAGCCAAUCAGGAACUCAAUCAGAAAUUAAAGCAACUUUUUUUUUAAUCUAAGAUCAGA